AUGAUUGGAAUUGCAAUAGUCGAUGUUUUUGUUUUAUCCCUCACAGUUAUAAAACAUAUCAGUCUGGUUGAUAUUGAGAACAAUGAAUGUGUAACCUCUAACUACCUUAUUAAAGUAUAUUUCGACAUGAUGGCAUGGGCACUUCAAGACUAUUUCAGAAGAUGCUCCACGUGGCUUGGACUAAUGAUGGCCAGUAUACGAACUAUGAUUGUCAGGAAUAUGCUUGGCGCUCAAAAUUCAUCACUGACGAAACAGAAAUUCGGCUGGUUUACCAUUCUUAUUGUAGUGGUGUUGGCAUCUCCACUUUCUGUUUUCUACAAUUUCCGAUUUAGAGUGGUUGAAAAUAGAUUUGAUAAUUUACCUAUUAGUUGCGAAGAGUUUCAAGAUAUUCACAGACCACCCAGGUUUUCAAUGAUUACAACAGAUUUUUUUACGACGAAUGAGAAAGUUGUUCUCCGAGCUUAUUUAAUGGUAGAUGCCAUAAUAUCGAAAUUCAUCCCAUGUAUCUUCUUUCCCGUUUUGACCACACUCCUUAUUCAAGCUUUAACUAAAGCCAAGAAAUCUCAAAGUAAAAGUAAAAUGUUGAAUAGAACUGACCACACUACAAUACUGGUAAUCUUCAUGACUGUUGCUUUCUUUAUUGCUGAAGCACCACUCGGUAUCAUCUACAUGAUCAAUGCAUUUUAUCAUGCUAACGACGGGUUGAUAAUUGCAUCUGUCGACGUUAUAAUUGUCUUUGCUUGCCUUCUCACUAUCAACUCAAUUUUUCACUUUUUCUUCUGCAUCUGUCUGUCAAGACAAUAUCGAUCAACUGUUUAUUUCACGUUUCGUCUCGAUCGACUGGUAUCGUCGAAUCAUCUGAACAAUGGGGAAACGAGGAAUAUGAGUAGUAUAGCAGCUCCGUCCAUUCGAUUAGUUUCUGUUCAUUGA